UCCUUAUUUGGUUAUUUAUUACUGCGACCAGUCGACAAUUUUUGAACAACUAUUUAUGUUUUUUAAAUUUGAUGAACACGAUUCUUAAAAUAUUUUUCCUUUAUUUAUGAUUUACAAUCGCUAUCUGAAUAUCUCGUGGUUCAGUUGGUCUUCUUCUGUGAUUGCAAGUCUGGUGGCCUACUUCUGAGUCCUCAGAUUUUAAAGUCAGUUAUUGCAACACCAUCUGGAAGUUUGUUUCUCAGGCAUUCUCAAAUAGGUUGGCCGAUUCGGCCGUUAACUUGAACGAUACCCCAGAUAUGGCUGAAAGUAGAGGAUCAACUAGCAACAAUUCCGUUCGUCUCCCAAAUCAAGUGCAGGUCAGUUUUCUUGUGGGGUCAGAUAGUGCUGAGGAGAGCGGAAAUCCUGGUCCGGUGUCUGCUUCUACCAAAGAAGAGGAGGAAAGUGGGGGCAACGGUGGUGGCGAUUUGUGUGAGGAUGUCAUCUCACUUGGAAGCCAAGACACUAUAUCGGAUGAUUCGUCUACUAGCGGACAGGACAACAAAAGCAUUAAGCAGCAAAAGUCGUUAAUGAGAGCUACUAUGUCGCAGAUUCAUUUGCGUGUGAAACAUCGUGGGAUGGAGGCCAACAAAGACCUCAAUGUGGCUACACCAGAAGAAUUCGUUAGACAGUUUGGCGGCAAUCGUGUAAUCAAUCGAGUAUUGAUUGCCAAUAAUGGCAUUGCAGCUGUCAAAUGCAUGCGCUCCAUACGUCGGUGGGCUUAUGAAAUGUUUCGUAACGAACGAGCUAUCCGAUUCGUCGUUAUGGUUACCCCUGAAGACCUGAAAGCCAAUGCUGAGUAUAUCAAAAUGGCUGACCAUUACGUGCCCGUGCCUGGUGGUACAAACAACAAUAACUAUGCAAACGUCGAACUUAUUUUGGACAUUGCCAAGCGUAUGCAGGUACAAGCAGUCUGGGCUGGAUGGGGUCACGCUUCUGAAAAUCCAAAAUUACCGGAGCUAUUAAUUAAAAAUAGCAUAGUAUUCAUUGGACCUCCUGAAAAGGCCAUGUGGGCACUAGGUGACAAAAUAGCUUCGAGUAUUGUGGCACAAACGGCCGAUAUCCCAACUCUUUCGUGGUCAGGAUCUGGUCUGAAAGCUGAAUUUCGUGAUAAGCGAAUAAAGAUUUCUACAGAGUUGUACCGGAAGGGAUGUGUUGAAUCAGCUGAGGAAGGUCUAGAGGCUGCCCAGAGGAUCGGAUUUCCGGUCAUGAUCAAAGCCAGUGAGGGUGGCGGUGGUAAAGGCAUCCGGAAAUCUGAAUCUGCUGAUGAUUUUGCUAACCUCUUCCGUCAGGUCCAAGCGGAAGUUCAGGGGUCUCCUAUUUUUAUCAUGAAAACGGCCGGUUGCGCGCAUCACUUGGAGGUUCAGAUUUUGGCCGACCAGUACGGAAAUGCUAUUUCGCUCUUUGGCCGAGAUUGCUCAAUUCAAAGACGUCAUCAAAAAAUUAUUGAAGAAGCUCCUUGUGCCAUUGCUCCACCUCAUAUUUUUGAACAAAUGGAAAAGGCUGCUGUCCGCCUUGCGAAAAUGGUCGGCUACGUCAGCGCGGGAACCGUCGAAUAUCUUUAUGAAGCGGAUGGAAGCUUCUACUUUUUGGAAUUGAAUCCUCGAUUGCAGGUGGAGCAUCCGUGCACUGAGAUGGUGUCUGACGUAAAUCUCCCAGCUGCCCAGCUACAAAUUGCAAUGGGAAUUCCCUUGUAUAGAAUUAAAUCGAUUCGAACUUUAUACCGCCUUAAUCCUUGGGACAACAUACCGAUUGAUUUUGAAAAUCCUCCUAAUCCCCCCACUCCAUGGGGUCACGUCAUCGCUGCUCGUAUUACGAGCGAGAAUCCCGAGGAAGGAUUCAAACCCAGCUCUGGUACAGUGCAGGAACUCAAUUUCCGUUCCUCCAAAAAUGUUUGGGGUUACUUUAGUGUUGCAGCCUCUGGUGGAUUGCAUGAAUUCGCUGAUUCGCAAUUCGGGCAUUGCUUUUCUUGGGGUGAAGAUCGGGAAGAAGCUCGCGAAAACAUGGUCAUUGCACUUAAAGAGCUGUCUAUUCGAGGAGACUUCCGCACAACGGUGGAGUACUUGAUCACGCUACUGGAAACGGAAGAUUUUCAGCGGAAUAAUAUCAGUACGACAUGGUUAGACGCCAUGAUUGCUCAACGGUUCAAAUCGGAGAAACCUGAUCAUCUUCUGGCCGUCAUCUGUGGUGCGCUACACGUAGCCGAUCAGACCAUCCUUAAUUCUUUCCAGCACUUCCAAGCGUCGUUAGAAAGAGGUCAAGUUCUGCCGGCCUACACACUAACCAACUGCGUCGAAGUGGAGCUAAUCUACGAAGGCACCAAAUACAAAAUACAGACGACAAAAUCGGGACCCAAUAGUUAUUUCCUCGCGCUUAACGGAUCGUACAAAGAACUGGAGAUGCACAGGCUUGCCGAUGGUUCGCUUCUCCUUUCUGUUGAUGGUGCUAGCUACACCACCUACAUGAAAGAAGAGGUCGACCGUUAUCGGGUCGUCAUUGGGAACCAGACCUGCAUUUUUGAGAAAGAAAACGACCCCACAAUCCUUCGCACACCUACAGCAGGCAAACUACUUGGCUUUAUGGUUGAGGAAGGUGGUCACGUUCAGGCCGGCCAAGCAUAUGCUGAAAUUGAAGUGAUGAAGAUGGUGAUGACUGUCACCGUAACGGAGUCAGGUUGUCUGUAUUAUAACAAACGGCCGGGUGCAAUUUUAGAUCCGGGAGCCAUCAUCGCCCAUCUUGAUUUGGAUGACGCUUCCCGUAUCCAGCGCGUUCAAAUGUUUACUGGACGCUUUCAAGACAACGAGCCUGGCUCCACUCUUCCAGUAUGGGGCGAUAAACUGAACCAAAUCUACCAAAGCUGUCGAUCUGUUAUGGAUAAUACCUUUGCUGGUUACUGCCUACCCGAACCUUUUUUCCAGCCAAAGAUCAAGGAAACAAUCGAGAAGAUGAUGACCGUACUCAAGGAUCCCAGUUUACCGCUGUUAGAACUGCAGGAUGUCAUUUCUUCCAUCUCUGGCCGAAUUCCCGCUUCGGUUGAAAAGAAAAUACGAAAGCUCAUGGCUCUUUACGCUAGUAAUAUUACUUCCGUCCUGGCUCAGUUUCCUAGUCAGCAGGUGGCAAGCGUUAUCGACACGCACGCCGCCACGCUUCAGAAACGAGCCGAUCGUGAUGUCUUUUUCCUUACUACCCAAGGGAUCGUCCAACUUGUCCAACGCUAUCGCAACGGCAUUCGGGGUCGGAUGAAGGCAGUAGUGCACGAUUUGUUGAAACAGUACUUGGCGGUAGAAAGUCAAUUUCAAAACGGACAUUACGAUAAAAGCGUGUCAAUGUUGCGCGAGAAAAAUAAGGAAACUAUGGCAUCUGUUGUGGCUACUAUCUUUUCUCAUUCGCAGACGACAAAGAAAAAUUUGCUGGUCACGCAGCUCAUUGACCAUCUUUGGAGCCACGAACCUGGUCUUACCGAUGAAUUGGCUACCAUUCUCAAAGAACUAACUAUGCUUAAUCGCUCGGAAAAUGCUAAGGUGGCUCUUAGGGCGAGACAGGUGCUGAUUGCUUCUCAUCAACCUGCUUACGAGCUUCGACACAAUCAAAUGGAGUCUAUUUUCUUGUCGGCCAUAGAUAUUUAUGGUCACGACUUUCACCCAGAGAAUCUCCAGAAACUCAUCAUGUCUGAGACGUCCAUUUUUGACGUACUGCACGAUUUCUUUUCGCAUCCCAACCGGGCUGUCAGGAUGGCUGCAUUGGAAGUCUAUGUUCGCCGUUCUUACACGUCAUACGAAUUAACAUGCCUUCAACAUAAGGAUCUAUCGGAAAAUCUCUGUGUCGUUCAUUUUGAAUUUUUACUUCCUUCGUCACAUCCUAAUCGCAUCCCUCACAACAAGGCUGCCAAUAUGAAUUUGGCCAUGUCUCACAUCCCUAGUUUUGACGAAGUAUCCAACCUAGUUGACCUACCCACCGACCUGGAAAACUGCAACCGAACUGGUUGCAUGGCUGCUUUCUCUCGUCUGGAGGACUUUGAAAAUCAUUUUGAUGAAAUGAUGGAGGUGUUCGAAGACUCACGACCCUCUACCCCCGAGAGCAUAGAUAACGGCGGCUCGGAUUCGGAUGCCGAAAAUUGUGGGGUCAAUAUGCUUUCACAGUCAGUGACAAUCUCUCAUUCGUACUCGAAUCGCUCUUAUAUGAGCAAUCUCAACAAACAACUGGUUACCGAGGCAAUUCACAUCAUUAACGUAGCCAUUCGCUACACGGAAGAAGUGGAAGACACAGUUCUCAGCGAGAAGUUUACGGCGAUUUGUGUUCAAAAGCGGCCACAGUUGAUUGAACGCGGUAUCCGUCGAAUUACCUUUGUCGUUCUCUUCCGUCGGCAACAUCCAAAGUUCUUUACCUUCCGCUCUCGAGACAAUUUCAAUGAGGAUCGAAUUUACAGACAUCUUGAGCCUGCGCUUGCCUUUCAGCUUGAAAUCAAUCGAUUACGCACCUACGAACUGGAGGCUUUGCCAACCUCCAACCAAAAAAUGCAUCUUUAUUUAGGCAAGGCCAAAGUGGCCAAAGGACAGGAGGUAACUGAUUAUCGCUUCUUUAUCAGAUCUAUCAUUCGCCAUUCUGAUCUGAUUACAAAAGAAGCGUCUUUUGAAUAUUUGCAAAACGAAGGUGAGCGAUUGCUGCUGGAAGCCAUGGAUGAAUUGGAAGUGGCCUUCUCCCAUCCGUACAGCCGACGAACAGAUUGCAAUCAUAUAUUCCUUAAUUUUGUUCCAACGGUCAUUAUGGACCCUUCGAAGAUUGAAGAGAGUGUUAGAGCCAUGGUAAUGCGUUACGGCCCGCGUUUGUGGAAACUUCGCGUUCUCCAGGCUGAGCUCAAGAUGAUCAUCCGGCAGACGCAUAAUGGCAAAACCGUGCCUAUCCGGUUGUGCCUCAACAAUGAAAGUGGAUAUUACCUUGACAUCUGCAUGUAUAGGGAAACCACUGAUCCACGAACAGGAGUCGUCAAAUUUGAAGCUUAUGGACCUCGCCACGGUCCUCUUCACGGCCUUCCUAUCUCAACCCCUUACAUGACCAAAGAUUACUUGCAGCUUAAACGAUUCCAGGCGCAAUCCAACGGCACAACGUAUGUAUACGAUUAUCCGGAUAUGUUUCGACAGACAUGCAAACGUAUGUGGAAUGAACACAUCGCCCGCUACCCGAAAGAGAACAUUCUCCUUCCCGAAUUAUUAGUUUCCUCUGUCGAGUUGGUACUGGACGUCGAAGGAAAUUUAGUCGAACAAAAAAGACUUCCGGGUGAGAAUAAUAUCGGUAUGGUAGCCUGGAGAGUCAAACUCAUCACACCAGAGUACCCAACUGGCCGUGAAAUCAUUGUCAUUUGCAAUGAUAUCACCUUCAUGAUCGGCUCGUUUGGUCCACAAGAAGAUAAGCUUUUUUUGGCCGCAUCGCAGUUGGCCCGGGCACUCAAAAUACCCCGUGUCUAUAUCGCUGCCAAUAGCGGAGCGAGGAUUGGUCUGGCAGAAGAGAUCAAGCACCUCUUCCGUGUGGCGUGGGUUGACAAUAGUGAUCCGGAAAAGGGUUUUAAGUACAUUUAUCUGACUCCUGACGAUUUCAAGAAAGUAGCAGCUGUGAAUUCAGUUCGUGCUGAAUUGAUUGACGAGCAUGGUGAGGCACGGUACAGAAUUACAGACAUUAUUGGCAAGGAAGAUGGUCUAGGCGUUGAGAAUCUCCGUCAUUCUGGAAUGAUUGCUGGAGAGUCUUCACAGGCCUACAACGAUAUUGUGACAAUUUCCUUGGUGUCAUGUCGAGCCAUUGGCAUUGGCGCCUAUCUGGUCCGACUAGGACAACGUGUCAUCCAGAUUGAAAAUUCGCACAUCAUUUUAACGGGAUACAGUGCUCUUAACAGACUAUUGGGACGAGAGGUCUAUACAUCGAAUUCUCAACUUGGUGGCAUCCAAAUUAUGUACAAUAACGGCGUUUCUCAUCGUACGGACGCCCACGACUUGGAAGGUAUCCAAAGUAUUUUGCGUUGGCUGUCGUACAUGCCCAAAUGCAAGGGUUCACCUCUACCUAUCAAUCCGAUUUACGAUUCCAUUGAACGUGAAAUUAAGUACGUGCCAACCAAAGCACCUUACGAUCCUCGAUGGCUCCUAUCUGGCAGGCAAAACCCACUUCAUCCGGAUGAAUGGGAAUCUGGGUUCUUUGACCGAGGAUCAUUUGAUGAGAUUAUGGCUGCUUGGGCACAAACUGUCGUUUGUGGCAGGGCGAGACUAGGUGGUAUCCCUGUAGGAGUUAUUGCCGUCGAGACGCGCACGGUGGAACUCAACCUACCUGCUGAUCCUGCCAAUCUCGACUCUGAAGCCAAAGUAGUUUCACAAGCUGGACAGGUCUGGUUCCCUGAUUCCGCUUAUAAGACGGCUCAAGCUAUUUUAGAUUUUAGCCGCGAAGAAUUGCCUUUGAUCAUUUUUGCCAAUUGGCGUGGUUUUUCGGGAGGAAUGAAGGACAUGUACGAGCAGGUGGUUAAAUUCGGCGCAUAUAUUGUGGAUGGAUUGCGUGAAUACAAACAGCCCAUAAUGGUCUAUAUCCCACCAUUUGCCGAGCUUCGUGGUGGAGCCUGGGUCGUUAUUGACCCAACUAUUAACGAAUCGUACAUGGAAAUGUAUGCGGAUCCAGAAUCGCGCGGGGGCGUGCUGGAACCGGAGGGCGUAGUCGAGGUCAAGUUCAAACUCAAGGAUUUGCUCAAGACUAUGGCACGCAUUGAUCCGGUCAUACAAGGACUGCGCGAGAAACUGUCCAAGCCGGAAUUGAACCCAGCAGAGAAAAGAAGCCUGGAGCAGCAACUAAACCAACGUGAAGAUUUACUAGCCCCAAUGUAUCGCCAGGUUUCGACGUAUUUCGCCGACUUGCACGACACACCAGAACGUAUGCAUGAGAAAGGCGUUAUUCAGGAUAUCGUCCCGUGGAAAAAAUCGCGUACGUUCUUCUACUGGCGUUUGCGACGCCGCCUCCUGGAAAAAGAAACCGUGUGUCAAAUUAUUGAAGUUCAGCGGCAACUUACUCAUCCGCAAGCCGAAGCCAUGCUUCGUCGUUGGUUUGUGGAAGACAAAGGAGCAACCGAUGGCUACCUAUGGGAAGACAAUCGAGUCGCUGUUGAUUGGCUAGAGAGCCAACUCAAGGGUGAUUGUCGCAAGCCUGUUCUAUUGGAGAACAUUCGCUGUUUGAAGCGCGAAUCUGCCCUUGGUCAGGUCCGUGCUUUAAUACAAGAGACCCCUGAAAUCGGACUGGACUCAAUUGUGCACAUUGUACAAAAUUUGAGUCCCGCUCAACGAGCUGAAGUGGCCAAAGCCAUAGGUCGUCUAGAAGGAAGCCCGGCGCCUGCCCCCGCUACGGCAGGUCAGGUAGUGGCUCCUGCCGGAAGCGCCAUUACGAGCUGUAGUGCUUCCGUAGAAAGCAGCCCUAGUACUGCCCCAUGAUCGUAAACAACUGCCGGUUAGAUCCGGUGGCAUUUUUUUUUAGCUCAAACAUCAUUAUCAGUCUAUAGCUGUUUGUUAUUUCUGGUUCUAUCAGGUGGAAUUCGGCAAAAAAAGCAUUCCUAAGGUCUUCGUUAUCAUAUGCUCGUCACGUAUUUCGUCGCAUCCAGCACAGCUGGUGCAGCAUAGCCUCAAAUAUUGUAGGUUUAUAGUAAAGUUUGAAUGUGUAAAAUUCAUGUUUUGAUCAAUGCAUAAAUUUAUACCCUCUCCAUGCUACUUUUGAUUUCUCUGUAUGUUUUUUCUCGUCACCAAAGAGGAAAUAUAGAGUAUCUUGAAGAGUG